UGUUCGUUGUUAUUUGGCUAAUCGUUUUGUUGACAUGAUAAUUAUCCUAAGGUUUGUGGGUAUAAAGUGGUCUAAAAUGGAUAAAGUUGGACCUUUUUAAGCCAAAUAACUGGCAAAAUUAGCAGGUUUACUGAAGUCGAGCUGGAGGAGGAGAAAUAUUAGCGAAGAUUAGCUAGGCGGCUAGUUAGCAUAGCUACUGUGGCUAAAUAAUUGUUUCCCAGUGUUCCGAGUCCACAAAAGUGAUGAGAAACCUCGGAGUAAACACUGAUAAAGUAAAAAAAACUAACCCUUAAUAGACAUUAAUCUAGUUUAAUCUGAAAGUUUUUGUCGCGGGUGAGUUAGCAGUGAGAGAAGUUGGUCAUGUGACUGUGUACAUUUGCAGCUAAAACGUAAAUGGAGAGAAUGUAUGUAGAGUUAUAGGAGGAUUACUGUAAUAUAACUUGUGUACAUACUGAGUGAUGUUUUUCUGCUGUACUAUUAAACUAAAGGUUUGUGCUUCCUAUUGUGAGUUGUGCAGAUGUUUCUCAUUUGUCUUUUGACACAGGGAGACUAGGGGAACAAACACGUCAAGACGAGCUCAACUACAGCGAGCAGAGUGACUCUGAGGAUGAGGAAAUUGUGUUUAUUCUGCAGCAGGAUGUGCAAGAUGGAGGCGAUGAGAAUGAGGUCACUGUGAGGAGCUCAUCCCCUGUUAGGAGCCCAUCCCCACCUGCAUGGAGCCCAUCCCCACCCAUGAGGGUCCUGUUACCUGUAUGGGACCUAUCACCAGCAAGGAGCCCAUCCCCAACCAUCAGGAACCCAUCCCCACCUGCAUGGAGCCCAUCCCCACCCAUGAGGGUCCUGUUACCUGUAUGGGACCUAUCACCAGCAAGGAGCCCAUCCCCACGUGUAUGGAGCCCAUCCCCACCUAUUAGAAACCCAUCCCCACCUAUUAGAAACCCAUCCCCACCUAUUAGAAACCCAUCCCCUUUAAGGACCCCAAUCCCUAUAGUACGUCCCACGCCAUCCUACGCCAUCCCACCCCUUCCCAUUGUUGUGUUGCACGACAUGCAGUCUGGUCAGCCUUUCGUUCCAGCGUCCGUGACCUUCCAUGUUUGGCGCCAGAGAAUAAGUAGAAGGGAUGAGGAGGAAGACAGUCGAGUAGUCCCUUCUGCAUAUCCUGUUCUAGACCAGGGGAAGAGGUGGAGGGAGGAAGAGGAAGACGAUGAAUUCUUCCCUUCUAGUAGACGACAGCGUGUGGAACCUGAGUGGGAGAUGCAGGUAGUCACAAGGCCCCUCCAAUUACCAGUUGAAGUGAUUCCUGCACUAAGCAGUGAUCUUUGAGCAAACCCCAAAGAUCACCCCGUACUCAUCAUGUGGUAAGUAUCAGUGGUAGGUAUCUGUGGUAAGUAUUUGACCUCUAGUCUUUCGCUUUAGUCUGGUUUUAUUUUUCUUACUUUUCUUAGUCUAAAUUUGUAGUGAAUUUCACUUCCAGACUCCAGCAGUAGUAGCGUUAAACCAUUUUCAUGACGGACUGAAUUUUGGUAAGAUAAUAGUAGUAGUUAUCGCAAUUAUGUUAGUUUAUAAUUGUCUGGUUAGUGUUUAAUGUAUAGGCUUGUUACUUUAGUAUGUUGUAUAUUUAGGAAAUAUGAAUUAGUAUUUAUUAUAGAACUUAUAAUUAACCAGUUUUCUGUUCAUAUAUGUGUAGGUUAUGCAUAUUGCUGCAAAUAUUUAUGCUGUUGUAAAUAUGUAUAUAUUAAGUAUUUAAGAUUUAGGAUUUUAAGAUUAAGUUGUACAGAAGUAGUGCACUCCCACCCCCAAAUGCCCCUA